AUGACAGAAACCAAUCAACAAAAAGAAGAGGUUUUGAUAAAGACUUUGGAUCAUUGGAGAACUUUGAAUGGUUUCGAUUCGAAUAUGUUGCGAUAUUUAAAGUUAGAGUCAAUCGAUCACGAGAAACACCGUGUAAUCAUGACGAUGACAGUACCAGAUGAGCUUUGUAAUCCUUUAUCAACACUGCAUGGUGGUGCUAUGGCUACAAUUGUUGAUAUUGUAAGUUCUAUUGCAAUUAUAAGUACAGAUCCAUCACAUCUACCACCGAAUGUAUCGAUUGAUAUGUCUAUUAGCUAUGCAGCAACUGCACCGGUCGGAGAAUCAAUCACAAUAGAAUCGAUACUCUAUCAACGAGCAGAGAACAAAGCAUAUGUUUAUACCGAUACAACCAUUUACAAUGCUCAAAAGAAAGUAUGUUGUAAAGGUAGUCAUACUGUAUUUAUUAGUAGAGCCAACAUUAUUGUCUACUACGAAUAA